CAGGUUCUACUCUCAAUUGCUCAUUAUCUCGGCUCCUACGCGGGAAAAAAAGAGUGAAAAAAGGAAAAUGAAAGGAAAUUGGCGGGAAACAUUUCCCGGGAUCAAUAAAGGUCGUUACCUAUCGUCGCGGUUCGGUUUACUAUAGACUUUCGCUCUUCUCUUUUCUGGUUAUUGUUUUGCAAAGAUGCAUGCGAGCCAGUUCGACGGGAAUGCUGCUUUCUCCGGCGGUGGAUUCAUGCCUUCUCAGGCAACCCAAACCACUGAUACUGGUUUUUCCCCGGCGAAAAAUCGUGACGCCCAGGGUUUGCUUCCAUUAACAGUGAAACAGAUAAGUGAAGCUUUUCAUUCAAGUGAUGAGAAAUCCAAUUUUGUCGUCGACGGCGUCGACGUUAACAAUGUUUCUCUUGUCGGGAUGUUGUUCAAUAAAGCUGAAAGGGUUACUGAUGUUGGUUUCGUUCUUGACGAUGGAACGGGACGAAUCGAUUGUCACAGAUGGGUGAAUGAAACAAUAGAUACAAAGGAGAUGGAGGGAAUACAGGAUGGGAUGUAUGUUGAAAUUCACGGGCACUUGAAAGGCUUUCAGGGAAAAAGGCAAUUGGUUGCCUUCUCUGUAAGGCCUGUUACUGAUUUCAAUCAAAUUACUCAUCACUUCAUUCAGUGUAUUUAUGUGCAUACGUACAACACCAAGUUACAGAAAAUGCAGGGUGGUACUUCUCAAAUGGUAAAUCCAGUAUUGAACACUCCAUUGCAGAAUGGAUCAAAGGGAUAUCAAGCUGCUGCAAUUCCAAAUCAAUUUUCUGGUCAGUUUAGCAGUGAUGGACUCAAAGGAAUUGAUCAAAUGGUCCUAGACUAUUUGCAGCAACCUUCUAACCUUGCACAGGAAAAGGGCGUACAUAGAGAUGAAAUUGCACGGCAGUUAAAAAUUCCACUGGACAAGAUCAUGGAAUCGAUUAGAUCUCUUGAAGAAGAAGGCUUGAUUUACUCAACCAUUGAUGAAUGCCACUACAAAUCAACUGGCAAUGGUUAACGAAGUAACAUCUUCCGAAGUAUCUUCUUUUAUGUAAAAUGCUGUCCUUGGAAAGGAGAUGGGAAGCCCUUACUAGGGUCUUCAAGUUUUCAUGUUGCAAAUUUUGUUAUUAUGCUGUUUUAUUAUUUUUAUUAGGGACGUGUCAAUAUUGCAGUCCGAGAUAGAUGAAAAAAGGAUGGUAACAGUGUCAGUGUUGGUAGAAUAUUUCAUCACAUGUUGAGAAUGGAGCUUUUAUAACAUCGGUCCUUGACUCAGAAAUCUCAUACCAA